AUGCAAUACACCUGCUGCUGGAAGCUGAGAAAUUUCUAUCGAGAGUUAAGGGAAAGUUGGGACAACUCUUCUGUUUGUUAAAUUAAAUUUUACUGAGGCUGGUUAUUUUUGUUUCCCAAAGACAGGAUUUAAACUUUGCACUCAAAGGGCUCCAUACCUGAAAACAAUCAUGGAGUGGAAAAUACUUCUCAUUCACUUGCUGUUUCUUUCUGUUUUCUUGAUUCAGCAAGUUUCUACUCAAGAUGUAUCAAGCUGUGCAGGGAGAUGUGGGGAAGGGUAUUCUAGAGAUGCCUCCUGCAACUGUGAUUAUAACUGUCAACACUACAUGGAGUGCUGCCCUGAUUUCAAGAAAGUCUGCACUGUGGAGCUUUCCUGUAAAGGCCGCUGCUUCGAGUCCUUUGCAAGAGGGAGGGAGUGUGACUGUGACUCCGAAUGUAAGAAGUACGGCAAAUGCUGUUCCGAUUAUGAGAGUUUUUGUGAAGAAGUGCAUAAUCCCACACCACCACCAUCUUCAAAGACGGCACCUCCACCUCCAAGAGCAUCUCAAACCAGGAGAGCAACAACCAAACGUUCUCCCAAAUCAAAAAAGAAGACUAAGAAAGUUAUAGAAUCAGAGGAAAUAACAGAAGAACAUUCUGUUUCUGAAAAUCAAGAGUCUUCCUCCUCCUCUUCCUCUUCCUCAACUAUUCGGAAAGUCAAGUCUUCCAAAAAUUCAGCUGCUAAUAAAGAAUUAAAGAAGAAACCCAAAGUAAAAGAUAACAAGAAGGAAAGAACUCCUAAAAAGAAACCUAUCCCAGAACCACCAGUUGUAGAUGAAGCCGGAAGCGGACUGGACAAUGGAGAUAUGAAGCUCACCCCAACUCCUAACAUUCCUACUACUCAACACAGCAAAGUUACUGCAUCUCCCAAGAUUACAACAGUGAAACCAAUAAAUCCUAAACCCAGUCUUCCACCUAAUUCUGAUACAUCCAAAGAAACAUCUUCCACAGCCAGUAAGGAGACAACAGUUGAAACUAAAGAGACUUCUGUAACAAACAAACAGACUUCAACUCGUGCAAAAGAGAAGACUACUUCGGCUAAAGAGACACGAAAUGCAGAAAAAACAUCUGCUGAAGAUUUUGUACCUACAUCAGCAGUUCCUACUAAACCUACAACGAAAGCCAAAACUACAACCAAAUCCCCUACUCCAACCACCCCCAAGGAGCCUGCACCCACCAUCGCCAAGGGGCCUGCACCCAGCACCCCCAAGAAGCCUGCUUCCACCCCCCCCAAGGGGCCUGCACCCAGCACCCCUAAAAAGCCUGCUCUCACUAUUCCCAAGGAACCUGCACACAGGACCCCAAAGGAUCCUGUACCCAGGACCCCCAAGGAGCCUUCUGUGAGCACCCCCAAGAAGCCUGCUCCCACCACCCCCAAGGGGCCUGCACCCAGGACCCCCAAGGAGCCUUCUGCCAGCACCCCCAAGGAGCCUGCAUCCAGGAACCCCAAGGAGCCUGCACCCAGCACCCCCAAGGAACCUGCUCCCAGUACCCCCAAGAAGCCUGCACCCAGUACCCCCAAGGAGCCUGCUUCCAGCACCCCCAAGGAGCCUGCUCCCAGGGACCCCAAGGAGCCUGCUCCCAGGGACCCCAAGGAGCCUGCCCCCAGCACCCCCAAAGAGCGUGUACCCAGCACCCCCAAGGAGCCUGCCCCCAGCACCCCCAAGGAGCCUGCUCCCAGGACUCCCAAGGAGCCUGCUUCCAGCACCCCUAAGGAGCCUGCUCCCAGGGACCCCAAGGAGCCUGCUCCCACCACCCCCAAGGAGCUUGCUCUCAGCACCCCCAAGGAGCCUGCUCCCAGGACUCCCAAGGAGCCUGCUUCCAGCACCCCUAAGGAGCCUGCUCCCAGGGACCCCAAGGAGCCUGCUCCCACCACCCCCAAGGAGCUUGCUCUCAGCACCCCCAAGGAGCCUGCUCCCAGCACCCCUAAGGAGCCUGCUCCCAGGGACCCCAAGGAGCCUGCCCCCAGCACACCCAAAGAGCCUGUACCCAGCACCCCCAAGGAGCCUGCCCCCAGCACACCCAAAGAGCCUGUAACCAGCACCCCCAAGGAGCCUGCUCCCAGCACCCCUAAGGAGCCUGCUCCCAGGGACCCCAAGGAGCCUGCCCCCAGCACCCCCAAAGAGCCUGUACCCAGCACCCCCAAGGAGCCUGCUCCCAGCACCCCUAAGGAGCCUGCUCCUAGGGACCCCAAGGAGCCUGCUCCCACCAUCCCCAAGGAGCCUGCUCUCAGCACCCCCAAGGAGCCUGCUCCCACCACUCCUAAGGAACAGGAUCCCACCACCCUCAAGGAGCCCGUACCCACUACCAGCACCAGCAAGGGGCCUGCACCCACCCCCGCUAAGGAACAGAAUCCCAGCACCCCCAAGGAGCCUGCUCCCACCACCGCCAAGGAGCCUGCACCCAGGACCCCUAAGGAACAGGAUCCCACCACCCUGAAAGAGCCUGUACCCACCACCACCAAGGGGCCUGCACCCACCCCCUCUAAGGAACAGAAUCCCAGCACCCCCAAGGAGCCUGCACCCAACACCCCCAAGGAGCCUGCACCCAGCACCCCUAAGGAACAGGAUCCCACCACCCUGAAGGAGCCUGUACCCACCACCACUAAGGGGCCCACUCCCACCACUCCCAAGGAGCCCACCUCCACCACCAAGGGGCCCACUCCCAGUUCUCCUGAGACAGCGGCUUCAACCAUGUCAGAGGCCUUUACUCCAACCACCACCGUGGAGCCUCCCACUACUUCCAGGAACCCUGCUGAAUCAACUGAGUUUCCUGCAGCAUCUACACCAAAGGCCCCUGAAAACAGUCCCAAGGAGCCUGCUGUACCUACAACAAAGGCUCCUAAAGUGACCAAACCUGAAAUGACCAUAGCAGUUAAAGACAAGACAACGGAAAAAGACACACAUACUACACCUGGAGUAACAGCCGCUGUACCUAAGACUACAACGGAACACACAGCGAGGCCAACAGAAGGAAAGACUGCUGAAUCUCAAACAAGUACAACCACGCAGGUAACCUCUAGCACCAGUGAGGAUACCACAUCACUCAGAAUCACUCUUAGAGCAACAACUCUUGCACCAGAAGCAAUGUCUGCAACAAAGACGGCUCCUGCGACAGAAGAGACCGUGAGUGACCCAGAAGGAACAGCUACUCCCAAACGAACAGCUGUUAAAUCUCAAGUGACAACUCCUAAGUCCCCAAAGCCAACCAAAGCCCCCAGAAAGCCCACUUCUACCAAAAAGCCCAAAGUAAGAAAACCAAAGACCACAUCAGCCCCUCCACAGACGACGGGAUUGCCUGGGCCUCAAUCAAACCCUACCCCUUCAGCAGGAGCCAGGAUUCAGGCCACCACCAGCCCUAACCUAAUGCCUAAGUCAGAGAUAGCUGGAGGAAAUCCGAAGAGUGGAGAUGCGGUUGCUGCGGAAGGAGAAACAUCCCACAUGAUUCCCAGGCCUCCCGUGUUAACCCCUAUAGUUAUUCCAGGCACUGAUUUCUUGGUGAGCGGACACAGACAAGGCAUUAGCAUCAACCCCAUGCUUUCAGAUGAGACUAAUUUAUGCAAUGGUGUGCCAGUAGAUGGGCUGACUACUUUGCACAAUGGGACAUUAGUUGCAUUUCGAGGUCAUUAUUUCUGGAUGCUAAGUCCACUCAGUCCACCAUCUCCACCUCGUAGAAUUACUGAAGUUUGGGGUAUUCCCUCCCCCAUUGAUACUGUUUUUACUAGAUGCAACUGUGAAGGGAAAACUUUCUUCUUUAAGGGUUCUCAGUACUGGCGUUUCACCAAUGACAUAAGAGAUGCAGGGUAUCCCAAACAAAUUGUAAAAGGAUUUGGAGGACUAAAUGGAAAAAUAGUGGCAGCUCUCUCAAUAGCUAAAUACAAGAUGAGACCUGAAUCUGUGUAUUUUUUCAAGACAGGUGGCAGCGUUCAGCAGUAUAUUUAUAAACAGGAACCCAUCAAAAAGUGCACUGGAAGAAGGCCUGCUAUAAAUUAUCCAGUGUAUGGAGAAAUGACACAGGUUAGGAGACGUCGCUUUGAACGUGCGAUAGGACCUUCUCAAACACACACCAUCAGAAUUCAGUAUUCACCCAUCAGAGUCACUUAUCAAGAAAAAGUAUCAUCAACAGAUUUCCUUCAUGAUGAAGUUAGAGUGAGUUCACUGUGGAAAGGACUUCCAAAUGUGGUUACUUCAGCAAUAGCACUGCCCAAUGUCAGAAAACCUGAUGGCUUUGAUUACUAUGCAUUUUCUAAGGAUCAAUACUAUAACAUUGAUGUACCUACGAGAACAGCAAGAGCCAUCACUACUCGUUCUGGGCAGACCUUAUCUAAUGUCUGGUACAAGUGUCCUUAGACUGAUGGGCAAAGGAAGAGCCAACUAAUUAAAAUGAAGAAAAGAACGUCAAAUUGUGACACUGAAAUACAUUUUAUUAAUAAAGGAUAUUGAGAUAAGCA